AUGCGCACCCGCAAAGUGUGUCAUCUACUCCGAGACACUGUUGAUCGGCAGCCAAUAGUAAUCAGUGAUUGCGCAGUUAGGCUUCCAUCCGUUAGCACAUCUGUUCUCAACUUGAACGAAUAUUUCAAUGAAUACUCUAAAAAAGGCAAGAAUUGUGAAAUUUACUGUUAUCAUUCGAAGCGAACGAAACAAAUCGAUGACGCAUGGCAUGUGGAUCUUGCUAUGAAUGACUUAUCGAUUCUGUUCAAAUCAUCCAAUGUUCGAAUCGAGAAUCUCGUCCUUAUUCUCAGAAGAGAAGCGAAAUAUGUUGUAGAUUCGUGUCUUCGUUUGAUACGAGAUAUUUCGAAUCUACAUGUUGGCCGCUUGGUUCUCAAAGUGGAAAAUACUGAAUUGGCUUUAUCUGCCUUAUCGAGUUUCAAACCUGGAUCUUUUCGAUGUCUCACCAUCGAAUUCAGCGAACCUGAAAAGGAAGUUGGAAUACUCUACGAUAGCAGAAUCAUUGGGACGGAACAAUUCAGACAAGCCGAAGAAAUCGAUAUAGUAAAGUAUGGAAUUAUCGACCCAAUCCAUCUCGAGAGCUUCUUUCACUGUAGUAAAUUUCGGAUCACAUUGUCAUCGCUCAGUGGAGAAAACAUUUUACAAUUAAGAGAUGCGCUGGCAAGCUCGGACAAUUUCGAAGCAUGUCAUAUUUAUUUGUCACGUCCGCUCAAUCUUUCCAACAUUGGAAAAUCUCUAGAAGCUAAUGUGUCAGACGGUGCACCUUUUUUUACUUGCGAAUAUCCAUGCCCAGACACUGAUUCUUAUCUUGACAUUCAAGUCAGACCAUCUAAAGUUUUCAUUUUUUGUUAUUCCACUCUAGAAUCAGGUGAAGAUGAUGAAAAUUCAAAUUUAACGAAAUAA